AUGCAAAGGCAUGACAUUGGUGGUCAUCUCCCGCUACCUGGUUGUGCUGCCCUUGCUGUUGGCAGGGCUUCAACAGACAACUUGAUAGGGAUCCUGCAAGCACACCAGCCGACCGCAGCCCACCUGUGUAAAUUUGUGGAGGGUGGCGGCCAUUCCAUCCUGCUUGGUGUGCACUGGAAGUUUGCCCUUCUGGUGGUUCAAGCUGCGUUGAGCCUGACUUGCGCUGUUACCGGGCUAUGGCCUGAAAGGAGAGGACUCGCGUCCUACCACGCAAUGGCAAUCAACACAAUGCAGCAGAAGCAGUGCAUGCUUUGCCUGCGCCGCGCGGCCUAUUCCAGGGUUUGGUUGCCUGGCUCGUACUGUGAGGAGGGCUUUGGGAGAGUGGGCAGUCGCGACGGGAGUGUGAGUGCCAGAAUUGCGGGCAGCUGCAGCAGGAUGGAGGCCGCGAGCUUUGCGAACGUGCUCGACGCUGAUGUCCUGGAGGUUGACGGGCCUUUGGCAUUUGCUUGGCGCCAGCCUGCAGCAGCAAAUUGCGAUCUGUGCAGAGAUCUUUGCUGCCCUGGUCGUUGCCAGGGGGCUCUCCGUGAGCUGCAGCGGCUUCAGCUGGAACCUCGAAGUGAGACGGCAAAGCACCUAGUACUGCGCACCAGCGCCCACGAAACUGCCCAGCCAAAGCCAAUUCCGGAGCCAACUGGCGUUUGUCGUUGGAGGUCAAGGGCCACUUUCCGCCAUGAGCAAACUCCGGCUAGUGAAUGGCUCGAUUGGGCCCUCUUGGAGAGAGGCGCCUUGCCUGCCCAGCGUGAAGCACCACCAUCCUGGAAACAGCCCUUGACGGGCGCCUUGACAUUCUGCAACACAUGCCCUUCAGCUCAGCGUGCCCACAGAAAGGGGCACAGGCAUCAAUUUUUGACGCUGUCAAUCUCACAGCCUCGUCGGCCGGGUCCAGCAACAACGUUGGCAAUAGUCGCAGCAGAACUUCGCCAGUGCCUUGACCGAAGUCCACACCGGACCGGACCGAUGUUGAGAAGGGCAACGCUUGACCGAAGUGCAGACAGGCAACCCCAGCAAGAAAUGGAUUUGAGCCUCUGCAGCAGAAGCAGCAUGUCUAGCCUUCGGGGCGUGCGUUUGCUGCCGCAACAUUGCUCGUUUGUCGUUCGCCCGCCAGUUCGAGCAGUGACCAGAAGCACUCCAGUCCUGCAAGCCAUGCGCUUUUCUCAAUGCUGCCGCGUCAAGCUAGGCACUGUCUGGCGGGCACAAGCAAGAGCUGCACCGAACAGCUUGUUUGCCCAGGUGGCUUGCGGGAUCACUUCAACCAAGGUGCCUUGA